UUCUUACAUAUAUGCACUCAUCACUUGACCAAAACAAAUAAAAAAAAAUGGCUUCCAAGAAUAUUAUUUUCCCCAGUCUUGCUCUUUUCCUUUGUUUUAACCUUUUUUUUGCCUUAGUUUCUAGUUGUGGCACUUGUCCUAAACCAAAGCCACCACCAAAACCAAAGCCAUCAUGCCCACCUCCACCUUAUAAUCCUAAAGAAAGUUGCCCAAUUGAUACACUUAAGUUAGGUGUUUGUGCUGAUGUUCUUGGAUUAGUGAAUGUUGUUGUUGGCUCACCACCAGUGACUCCUUGUUGUAGCCUACUUUCUGGACUUGCUAAUGCUGAAGCUGCCAUUUGUCUUUGCACUGCUCUUAAGGCUAAUAUUUUGGGGAUUAACCUUAAUCUCCCUAUUUCACUUAGUUUGCUUCUUAAUGUUUGCUCCAAACAAGCUCCUGCUGGCUUCCAGUGCUCUUAAUUAAUUAAUUAAUUUCUCAAGAUUUAAUUAAUUAAGUCUUUCUUUAUAUAUUUUCUUGGGGGUGCGGGGGGGUAGGGGUGGGGAGAUUGUAAUAUCUAAAUAUUAUUAUGGUAAGAGUUUUCACUUACCAAUUUGAAGUUCCUUAAUUAUGUAUAUGUUGAUAUCA